UAAAGCUAGCUAGCUUGCCCUCCUUAUCCUCUCUCCAUCUCUAGAGAUCGAGUAGUAGAGACUAGAGAGUAGAAGAAAGAGAGAGAGAGGUAGUCGUCGAUAUAUCCCCCCAACAACAACACAUGAAUGAAAGAGAGGAAAAACACAGUCUUUUAUAUAUAUAGGGAGAGAGCGUAAGAGAGAGACCCACCAAAAGAUUAAAUUAAAGGGUCCGGCCUCACUCAACUCACACACACAGUCUCUCUCAUAAAGAAGCAAAUUUUAGACUGGACCUCUAGCUAUUUCCAUGCGAUCAUGGAAGGAGGCGAUGAGCUCAACCGCCCUAAUUUCCCCUUCCAGUUGCUAGAGAAGAAGGAAGACGACCCCUGUUCCACCUCCGCCGGCUACCCUUCCCUUGACAUAUGCGCCCCCGAGCCCAACGCCAUCAUACCCGUCGCUGAACCCUCCAAGAAGCCGCCGCCAAAGAGAGCUUCCACCAAGGACCGACACACCAAGGUCGACGGCCGAGGCCGCCGUAUCCGAAUGCCUGCACUCUGCGCCGCCAGGGUCUUUCAGCUCACGCGCGAGCUGGGUCACAAGUCCGACGGCGAGACCAUCGAGUGGCUGCUCCAGCAAGCCGAGCCGGCAGUGAUCGCCGCCACUGGAACCGGCACCAUCCCCGCCAACUUCACUUCGCUCAAUAUAUCGCUCAGGAGCUCCGGCUCCAGUAUGUCCGUCCCCUCCCAACUAAGAUCCUCCUACUUCGGUCCAAAUUACUCGAUGCAGCAGCAAAGCCGGCGAAGCUUGUUUCCCGGAAUUGGAUUGUCCUCCGAAACUGGCUCGUCCACGCUCCUCAAUUUUCAGUCUUCUACCGGCAUGAACUCCAUGCUGCAAGCGAAGCAAGAGUUGCGUGACGCGACGUCGUCUCUGGAAUUGUCGGAGACGACGGAGGAUAGCAUAGGAGGAGGAAGGAAGAGGAGGCCGGAGCAGCAGGACCUAAUGUCGCAGCACCAAAUGGGGAGCUACUUGAUGCAGUCGAGCACAGGGGCGAUUCCGGCCAGCCACGGUCAGAUUCCGGCCAACUUCUGGAUGCUUGCUAAUUCUAAUAACCAGGUUAUGAGUGGUGACCCGAUAUGGACGUUUCCUUCUGUUAACAACAGUGCUGCUGCUUUGUAUAGGGGCACCAUGUCUAGUGGCUUACAUUUCAUGAAUUUUCCUCCCCCAGUAGCCCUAAUGCCUGGCCAACAACUCGGCUCAGGAAUGGGCAGCGGCGGCGGUGGCGGCGGUGGCGGCGGCAGUGGCAAUAACAGUAUGAGUGAAGGGCACUUGAAUAUGCUUGCCGGGUUCAAUCCGUAUCGGCCGAUAUCUGGCACAAGUGUUUCGGAGUCUCAGGCAAGCGGUUCCCAUUCGCAUCACGGUGGUGGCGGAGAUGAUCGGCACGACACAACUAGUCAUCAUUCAUAGAUCAUCAUCAUCAUCACCAUCCCCCACCCCCACAUCACAUGUGUACUAGUUUGAUGUGUAACACACGUGAGGCUUGAUUGCUCUUAAAAAUUUGAGUUUUAUUAUUUCCCAAAUA